AUGACGACUCGUUUGCUCCAACUUACUCGUCCUCCCUACAGAUUAUUGUCCUCGCCUUUUCAGAAAAACUUCAAGUUACAUAGACAAAUGUCUGUUGCGACCCCUUCUCCUUGUAGCAGUUAUUUGACCACUAUCACUAAGUCCCUGGAACAGAACUUACACACAUGCUUUCAUUUUCAAGCAAACGAAAUCGAUAUUAUCGAAUCUCCGUCCCAGUUUUACAGCCUUCUGAAGUCGAAAAUUCUUAGCUCACAAAACAGAAUCUUUAUUGCCUCUCUGUAUUUGGGCAAAAGUGAGACCGAGCUGGUGGACUGUAUAUCUCAGGCUUUGUCCAAAAACCCGAAUUUGAAAGUUUCCUUUCUACUAGAUGGUCUUCGAGGAACGAGAGAAUUACCUUCCACUUGUUCUGCCACUUUGUUAUCGUCUUUAGUAGCCAAAUAUGGGUCCCAAAGAGUGGAUUGCCGAUUGUACAAGACUCCUGCUUACCAUGGUUGGAAAAAGGUCUUGGUUCCUAAAAGAUUCAAUGAAGGUUUAGGCUUACAACAUAUGAAAAUAUAUGGGUUCGAUAAUGAGGUUAUUCUUUCAGGAGCCAAUCUUUCCAAUGACUAUUUUACUAACAGACAGGACAGAUAUUAUCUCUUCAAAUCCAGGAAUUUCUCCAAUUACUACUUUAAACUACAUCAACUCAUAAGUUCUUUCAGUUACCAGAUUUUAAAGCCAGCAAUAGAUAAUAAUGUUAACAUCAUUUGGCCAGAUUCUAACCCUACCAUUGAACCAUCGAGAAAUAAAAGAAGGUUCUUGAAGGAAGCAUCGCAACUACUCGACAGCUUUUUACAAAAUUCUAAACAAAACCCUCCAGUUACUUCAACGGACCAUUUCUCCACAAUAGUUUAUCCUAUCUCCCAAUUUACCCCUCUUUUCCCCAAAUAUAAUGAUAAAUCAACUGAAAAGUCAACAAUAAUAUCACUACUCUCGAACAUCACAAACAAUGCCAUAUCUUGGACAUUUACUGCAGGAUACUUUAAUAUCCUUCCAGAUAUUAAAGCUAAACUGUUAGCAACACCUGUUUCUGAAGCAAAUGUAAUAACAGCUUCCCCAUUUGCAAACGGCUUUUACCAGUCGAAGGGUGUCUCAUCAAAUUUACCUGGUGCGUACUUAUACUUAUCGAAAAAAUUUCUUCAAGAUGUUUCUAGACACAGUCAAGACCAUGCCAUUACGUUAAGAGAAUGGCAAAGAGGCGUUGUCAAUAAACCUAAUGGUUGGUCGUAUCACGCAAAAGGUAUUUGGCUUUCUACUCGUGAUAAGAAUGAUGGUAAUAGUUGGGAACCAUUCGUCACAGUAGUAGGAUCUUCCAAUUACACCAGAAGGGCCUAUUCGCUAGAUUUAGAAUCAAACGCUCUCAUUAUUACAAGGGACGAAGAGUUAAGAAAAAAAAUGAAAGCUGAAUUAGAUAAUUUAUUAAAAUACACAAAGGCUGUAAAUUUAAAAGAUUUCCAGUCAGACCCAGAAAGGCAUGUAGGUACCGGUGUAAAGAUAGCUACCUCCGUUUUGGGAAAGAAGCUCUAG